GGUAAGAUUGCAGAGUUGAACGGUCCAUGGCUUUUAUACAUCAGUUGCUUGGGACUACACUCGUGAUCCUCCCGGGUGACAUUUCCGGUUCGUCAUGUCACUUGUUUGAAAACAAACCCUGUCUCAUUUAGCUGCGCUGUCCUGUCCACAAUCCUCACCAAAAAUAAUACUGGACCGCUACUGUCACCAUGGGGGACAAUGACGACAGCGACAUCAUUGAGCACCAUGUCGACGAGGCGAUGGAGAAGAGGCAGAGGCCGAGCCACCACAGGACCCACACACACUCCUUUCUGGACAGCGUCACUUCAUCUUCAUCGGAGAGGGAAGGGCACAGCAGCACGCAGUCCUCUCACCGUCUCCUCGCCUUCAGCGAUGCGCUCAUCUCCAUCAUCGCUACUGUCAUGAUCCUCCCAGUGGCACACACCAAAUUCAAGGAAGGCGAGGAGCUGACUGAGAGCUUCAGGGUCCUGAUGACCACUAAGAUCGGCGUCUACCUCGUGACGUUUCUCAUCGUCACAGUGGCCUGGGCUGCCCACAUCAGGUUAUUCCAAGUCAUUGAGCGCAUUGAUGAUGUCUUGGCACUUCUGAAUUUGGCCUGCAUGAUGCUGAUAACCUUUCUGCCGUACACAUUCACCUUGAUGGCGGCAUUCCCGGACAAAAUCCUGGGGAUUCUCCUGUUCUGCGCCUGUGUGAUGGUCAUUGGUGUGAUUCAGGCAGUGAUAGUCGUGUACGGCUUCAGUCGUCCGUUCCUGUUGAACGAGCAGAUCCAGAUCUCGGAGAACCAGGCCUACUAUAAGCAGCACAUCCUGAAGGUCAUCAUGCGCGUGCCCAUCAUGUGCCUCAUCGCCAGCAUCUUCACCAUCAUCUUCUACCAGCUGGCGUAUGUUAUUCUGGCCAUUGUAAUCUUCCUGCCCUACAUCACACAGGCUCUGAAGUGGUGUCGUGGCAAGGCUAUCGGCCAGCCAGUGGAGGAGACUCCUGAGUCCAUGCUGUUCUACAGCUACCACCCCAAUGAGCCCCUCAGCAAGGAGCGCGUGGAGGCCUUCAGCGAUGGAGUCUACGCCAUAGUAGCCACACUGCUCAUUCUCGACAUAUGCGAGGACAACGUGCCGGACCCCGGCGUGGUGCAGCGCGAGUUCGGCGGCAGCCUGGUGGGGGCGCUGCACGCGUACGGGCCCGAGUUCCUGGCCUACUUCGGCUCCUUCGCCACGGUGGGGCUGCUGUGGUUCGUGCACCACUCGCUCUUCCUGCACGUGACGCGCACCACGCGCCUCAUGGGCCUGCUCAACACCUUCUCGCUGGCCUUUGUGGGCGGCCUGCCGCUGGCCUACGAGCUGACCACAGAGUUCCCGCGGGGCUCGCGCAACAACCUCGAAGCCGUCCAGACCAGCUGCGUCAUCCUCUUCUUCGCCGGCGUCUUCCAGCUGGCCAUUUUUGUGGCGUCGCUCUUCGACGAGCGGCGGACGCUGCACCCGCUAGUGCGCUACGGCGGGCGCGACCACGUCUACAUGCUGGCCAAGCUGGGCCUGUACCCCUGCGUGGCGCUGGCCACCUUCUUCCUGACGUGCGCGCUGAGCGAGUUCAGCACCUCCAUCUUCCACCUGAUGCAGCUGGGCGUGCCGGUCACCUUCCUGCUGCUCCGGCUGCUGGUCAAGACGGGCCUGGCGCUGCUCCGCGCUCUGCUGGCCGCCCUGCGCCAUCCCCAGCAGCAGCAGCCGCAGCCCGGCACGGGGGCAGGAUUUGGGGGAGGAGGGGACGGCGUGGAGGCCAGACUGGUGGAGGUGGACGAUGACGAUAAUAACUCACAUGUGCCCUUCAGUGACCUUGUCAGCUAGUGUGCGUAUGUGUGUGACCUUGACAAGCCAAGCCAACGAGAUGUUAGAAACCUAAUCCGCAACCUUAGCACUUCUCUCUUGCGGUUGUAAAGCCUUGAGAUGUCCACCUCCAACAAAAAAGCCAUACUGCUCCUGCAGUGACGGUGGGACCUCAACGUGUGUGCUUUCAGACCCCUCCUCCCCGCUCCCCUUUUCUCUGUUCUGAAAGCAGUGUGUGCCUAAUGUCUCUUGAUGCCAACAGCUGUCCCAAAACCCAUCUCAAGCCAAGCGGCGCAUGGAAACUGACCCCAGUACUGUAACAGGCAGGCAGAGGCUGCUGCUGUAAGCUGAGGCGCCGAUGAGGCUGACGAUUCUUUUAACACUGGAUGUGGAGGUAGCCGAAGGGGCGUAUGGAGUCUUCUAUUCGAUUGCAUUGAUCUUCACAUCAUAAUGAUUUACGCGUCCGGAAAUGUUGCCCAAAAUAGGGUGGAUUGGAAUAGUCAGUGUGCGUUUGAGCAGAGGAGGAUUGACGAGUCAUUGUGGUUUAGUCAACACUGCCCCCUGCUGGCCAGUUUUAGCAGUGCUGACAUAUUCUGGAGCUUCAACUCAGCUCACAUUUACUACUAUGAUUUACUAGCUACCGUCCACACCCCCUCAUACUGGUUUAUGAGUACAUUAUGAUCACCUCUCAUCCUUUCAGUUUUUAAUCUACCUUAUAACUCAUCAAUACUGUACUUUAU